GCGUUCCAAUCCUGGUCAUCAGAGGACUGCAGGUGCUAGGCAGAGUUGCUGUAGUUUGCUGCAUCUGGAGGAGCUCUCUGGAGAAUCUCCAACCUCAGAGCGAGCCUUCUACUACCAUUCUACUACGUUUUAAGAAGCAAAGCCUUCAAGACUUGGAGUACUACACCAGAGAGCCUUCAGGCCUGGACAGGCCAGAGCCUAAGCCAUGAUGCUUCGGACCUUCACUCUUUUGCUCCUUUGCAUUUGGCUCAAUCCGGGUAUGACUUCACUGGCAGUGGAGUCUCAACCAGAGCUAUGGAUAGAGUCCAACUACCCCCAGUCCCCUUGGGAGAACAUCACACUUUGGUGCAAAAGCCCCUCUCGGGUAUCCAGCAAGUUCCUGCUUCUGAAGGAUAACUCACAGAUGACCUGGAUUCAUCCUCCUUACAAGACAUUCCAAGUUUCAUUCUUCAUAGGUGCCCUUACUGAGUCCAAUACAGGUCUUUAUCGAUGCUGCUACUGGAAGGAGAAAGGCUGGUCAAAACCCAGUAAAAUUCUAGAGCUAGAAGCACCAGGUCAACUCCCUAAACCCAUCUUCUGGAUCCAGGCAGAGACCCCCCCUCUUCCUGGAUGCAAUGUUAACAUCUUCUGCCAUGGAUGGCUCCAGGAUUUGGUAUUUAUGCUGUUUAAAGAGGGAUACCCAGAGCCCGUAGAUUACCAAGUCCCAACUGGGACAAUGGCCAUCUUCUCCAUUGAUAACUUGGCACCUGAGAAUGAAGGGGUUUACAUCUGCCGCACUCAUAUCCAGAUGCUCCCCACUCUGUGGUCAGAGCCCAGCAAUCCCCUGAAGUUGGUGGUAGCAGGUGGGUGUGGCCACGGCUGCUGGCAUCUGACAAUUGUUAUCCCAGGGAUCAUGGCUGGUUGAGCAAAAGUUGUUCAUAUUACUUGCCUCUGCCAGUUUCUAGGCCCUGCACAGUCAAUGAGGUAGAGUUGCUUGACAAUUUCCUGAGCUACAAAUUAGUCACACAUGCUUUAAAGCAGAUAAUCCUUUGACUUGUUUGUGAGUCUACCCAGCUAUUCAGAAACUUCAUCUUAUUAUAGUUUUACUGUCCUUUACUUGUUGAUCAUCAAUCAUUCAUUCAUCCAAUAUUUAUUGAGCACCUAAUAUGUGCCAGGCAUUGCCAGUACAGUCUUAAAAUUGGUUUAUUAAAAGUUUAAAUGUAUUUGCAAUGAUUAUAUUUAAGAGUGGGAAACAGACUGAAUCACUGUGCCCGUUGAUGUAAAACAAACCAAACAAAUGAGAAAGAAAGCAACAGGUUCUCUUUGUCCUAUAUCACUAGAGCCAGUAAAGGCAGCACCAAGCUCUAAACACAGAAGGCAACUCCCCCAAAGGUCCAAGAAAAACACACUCAGGCUUCAACUUCUCUAUCCCAUGCCCUGGAUGAUUCCAGACAAAAUUGUCUUCAUAGAUCUAGUUUCUGCCCCAAGCAAAAUAGAUCUUGGGAAAUUGUGGUGCUACAGAAAGUACCCCUGAUUUCUAGUUCCAUUCAUGACACUGUAUGAUGUUGAGCAAGUCAUGUCACUUCUCUGUGCUUUGGUUUUCUCCAUUCUAAGACAGGAUAACAGUAUCUAUCCAAUCUAUUGUACAAUGUCACUCUGUGCUUCAAUUUCAUGAUCUGAAAACUCUCUAUAAGAAUAAUGCCUACCUCACAGGGUUGUUGUGAGGAUUUGCCUAAAUAACAUGUACAGUGCCUGGCACAUACGUUCUCAAUAAAUGGUAGUUAAUAAUUU